AUGUGCCGUCCGCGGACCGCCCCUGCAGCUGCAGCACAGCACAGCACAGCACACAGGCCACAGCACAGCACUCUGCACGCACAGCACAGCACACACUCCGCAGCAGUGCCCUUGCUCCGCAGACCGCAGUCCACCGCGCGCGUGCUCACCCGGCGCCCGUCGCGCUCACGCCCGCCGCGCGCCCGCACGGCCGCACUCACAGCCGCCUGCCCGCCGCGGCGCCGCGCUCCCACCGCGCUCCCGGCUGCCGAGUGCCGACGCCGCGCCCGCCCGCGCUCCCGGCUGCGGGCUGCCGACGCCGCCACGCCCGUGCUCCCGACCGUCGCGCCGCGCUCCCAGCUGCCACGCCCGGCCACCCGCCCGCUCGCCCGCUUGCCCGCCGGCCGCCGCGCUGGCCGCUACGGGACCACCUGCCGCGCCGCCCGCGCUCCCGACCGCCGCGCCGCGCUCCGGCCGCGCUCCCGGCUGCGGGCUGCCGACGCCGCCACGCCCGCGCUCCCGGCCGUCGCGCCGCGCUCCCGGCUGCCACGCCCGGCCGCCCGCCCGCUCGCCCGCCGCGCUGGCCACUGCGCGACCACCUGCCGCGCCGCCCGUGCUCCUGGCCGCCACGCCCGCCCGCUCACCCGCCGCGCUCCCGCCGCCGCAACACGCACACGCGGACACGCCACAGCAGUGAGAAUGUGA